GUUUGAUGCUGAGAACAUCUUUGAAUGGUUUGUGGAAUGAAUCUGGUAAGGCCACAGCCUUAAUUUAUUUAUCAACAACGGGGGAAUGCUUUGAGAGCUUCUCGAUCUCCACAAUUCUCAAAGAGAAUUCUACUAUAAGUCUGUUGCCACAAAAGAUGCCCCUCUUCAAUUACAGAGUAUAUGAGGGAAAAUAAACUGACCCAACUAACAAUAUUCCUAUGGGCCCACAAGAUAAAACUAACUAUAAGUCUCUUUCAACCUUACUUAUUCUUUCUAGUGUAAACCUUAAGUCCCGGGGACUUAUCAGAAUCUCUUAGAAUUCUCUCUGUUGUAGUCUUGCAGAACUUCAUGUUAUGCAUGAGUUUGAGGAGAAAACCAUGGGUUAACCAUUUCCAUCAAAACGACAUUUUCCCCCUAGGGUCGGAUGCUUCUAGUGGCAAUUUAUUUAUUUACUCAUUAUCUUCUUUUUGUUUUGAUUAAACUAAUUCGACGACUCCCAAAUUGUGGUACAUCUGGAUAGAACUUUGGGAAUACUAAUUCGUGCGAGGAAUAUUUGAGGCUAGUGGGCAUGCCUCAUCAACAGAGUUUUCUAUUUCAGCGAAGCCCACGUUUGUAUCUAGGGUCUUUCUGGGAGGCCAAUGGAUUUGUAAUAGGCUAUAAUUCCGACCUCAUGUUUGGAUUGAUUUCGUUUGUAAGUCCUAUUACAUCUCCUUUCCAUCGUUAUCAACCUAGGAAACAGCCAAACACGUUCCCAACGAAAUUACAACUGAACGAACUUAAUAAUUUGAAUUUAGAGAAACAAGAUAAACGGUGGAUAAUAUGAAGGAAGAAAAAGUGUUACUGUUAGUGUCCACUAUUUCUCCUUCCUUACAAUCAACUCGAAGUCGGACAGCUUCCUUGGAGGUUCCAUGUCCUUUUGAAUUGGCAGCGUCAGGGUGGUUGCUGCUCUUCCAACUAUGGACCUCAUCGACUCGAUGGACCACGCAACUCCGCUGCUUACCGACAUGGUUGACGGCGCCGUUGAUUACAAAGGUCAACCUCUCCUCAGAUCCUCCUCCGCCACUUGGCGAUCCGCAUCUUUCAUCAUAGGGAUGGAGGUUGCUGAGAGAUUUGCUUUCUACGGGAUCGGCGCCAACCUCAUAACCUACCUGACAGGCCCCCUUCGCAUUUCCGUCGUUGCGGCGGCCGAGAUUGUCAAUGUCUGGGCUGGCACCUCCAUGCUUCUCACUCUCUUUGGAGCAUUUCUUGCCGAUUCCUUCUUCGGACGAUACCGUACUAUUGUUUUUGCAUCUAUUUCAUAUAUUUUGGGACUGGGGUUGUUGGUUCUGUCUACGCUACUUCCUACUGCAAGCUCCUCCAUCUGCGCAAUCCCUAACAAAUUCGCGCCCUGUUCCUCUCCCAAGCUUCACCUCAUUUUAUUCUUCUUAUCUCUGUGUCUAAUUGGGAUAGCACAGGGUGGGCACAGGCCCUGCGUCCAGGCUUUUGGAGCCGAUCAGUUUGAUCCCCAAAAUCCCCAAGAGGCCAAAUUCAAGAGCUCCUUCUUCAACUGGUGGUAUUUUGGUGCGUGCUUCGGAAUCGUGGCAGCCAUUCCGACUAUAUCAUAUGCGCAGGAAAAUCUUAGUUGGGCUGUGGGAUUUGGAAUUCCUUGUGUUUCAAUGGUCACUGGUUUCAUUCUUUUUCUCCUUGGGACCAAGACUUAUCGAUUUAAUACCCUGAAGCAAUCGGAUAAGAGCCCAUUUUUUAGAAUUGUUCGGGUGUUUGUGGCUUCUAUUAGGAAUUUGAGAGCUCCUGCCUCAUCAAUCACCUUUCAAGACGAGCAAACUGCCAAAGAUUUGUCUACUUCUCAACAAUUCAAGUUUCUCAACAAAGCUUGUAUUAUUGUUCCUAUUGAUUCCAACCAAACUGCAAUGACGUGUAGCAUCAGUGAGCUUGAAGAAGCAAAGGCAAUUCUCAGAAUUCUUAUAAUAUGGGUUACAGUUGUUGUGUUCACCAUUGCGUUCUCACAAGAUGCCACCUUCUUCACCAAACAAGCAGCUACAUUGGACAGAUCAAUUAUGUCGGGUUUCAUCAUUCCUGCCGCUUCACUGGAAGCACUUGUUUCUUUCACAAUAGUUAUCUUCAUCGUGGUCUAUGAUCUUUUGUUUGUUCCCAUUGCCAAAAAAGUUACAGGAAAUCCAUCGGGCAUAACGACAUUGCAAAGAAUAGGAACUGGGAUGGUCAUAUCUACUAUCUCUAUGGCGGUUGCUUCUCUGGUUGAGAAAAAACGUUUGCAGACCGCACUCGAACAUGGACUGAUUGAUAUACCUGAGAUGACAAUUCCAAUGAGGUUCUGGUGGUUGGUUCCUCAAUAUGUGUUGAAUGGUUUGGCUGAUGUUUUUACAGUGGUUGGGCUUCAAGAGCUGUGCUAUAAUCAAGUCCCAAAAGAUUUGAAAAGUGUUGGACCUGCCAUUUUUAUCAGUAUACUUGGUAUGGGAAACAUCUUAAGCAGCCUUUUGAUAUCGGUCAUUGAUACGGCAACUAAAGCCAAUGGGCAUCGCAGCUGGUUUUCCAACAAUCUUAACAACGCACAUCUUGAUUACUUUUACCUCUUAUUGGCUGCCCUUAGUGUUCUUGGCUUCGUUGCCUUCCUUUUUGUUGCCAAAUCCCACGUUUAUAACAUCUGACUCAACGUACAA